AUGAAGUUUCUCACUGCGCUCGCGCUGGGCGCCGCAGCUGCCCAGACGACAUUAGCUGCUGUGCUUCCUACUCAGCAGGAGCCCCUGAUCCAUGAGGAUUCCUCGCACGAUGGACCGGCUACGCACUCAAACUCCGAGAAAUACCUGAUCGAGUUGGCGCCCUAUCAGACACGAUGGGUGACGGAAGAGGAGAAGUGGGAUCUGAAGUUGGAUGGCGUCAACUUCCUUGAUAUCACCGAUGAAGCCAAGAGCGGAAGCUACCCCAAGUUCUUCAGGGCCAAUGCGGUUCAGUAUCCCUCCAAGAUGGCCCAGACUGAGGCCAUCAAGCUGCUGGCGAAACAGUUGUCCAAGGACAACAUGAGGAAGAACCUGGAGCACUUCACCUCCUUUCAUACCCGAUACUACAAGUCGGAAUACGGUGUCCAGUCCGCAACAUGGCUGUACGGACAGGUCCAAGACAUCGUCAACGAGUCGGGAGCCGCUGAGUAUGGCGCAACGGUGGAGAAGUUUGACCACCCGUGGGGCCAAUUCAGCAUCAUUGCCCGCAUCCCUGGCCAGACCAACAAGACGAUCGUUCUCGGCGCUCACCAGGACAGCAUCAACCUGUUCCUCCCGUCGAUUCUGCCAGCCCCCGGCGCGGAUGACGAUGGGAGUGGAACGGUGACGAUCCUGGAAGUCUUGCGUACCCUGCUGCAGUCAGGGGAGAUCGCCCGUGGAAACGCGACUAACACGGUUGAGUUCCAUUGGUACUCCGCCGAAGAAGGUGGUCUGCUCGGCUCGCAGGCCAUUUUCUCCAACCACAGGAAGCAUGACAGGGACGUCAAAGCCAUGCUUCAACAGGACAUGACUGGUUACGUUCAAGGCUCGCUGGAUGCCGGACACGAGGAGUCGGUCGGGGUUAUUGUUGACUACGUCGACAAGCCUUUGACCGAGUUUAUCAAAGAUGUCAUCACGGAGUACUGUGAUAUUCCAUAUGUGGAAACUAAGUGCGGCUAUGCCUGCUCCGACCACGCCUCCGCAAGCCGAUACGGCUACCCAUCGGCGUUUGUCAUUGAAUCCGAGUUCCAGAACAGCGACAAGAAGAUCCACUCGACGGAAGACCUGAUCAAAUACCUGAGCUUCGAUCACAUGCUGCAGCACGCCAAAAUGAGCCUUGCCUUUGCGUAUGAGCUUGCUUUCGCCCCGUUUUGA